AUGUUGGAGGAUCUCUUGUACGAAAUACUUCCAGUUGUGGGGUUUGCAAUGGUUGCUUGCACUGUUUUCAUCCUGAUUGUUAUGAGAAAAAACACAAACGAUACACUGAUUUUCUGUCUUUUCUUUGCCAUUGCAGAUCUCUUCUCCGGGAUCGGAACGUUAAUUGAUGGUUUUUAUGGAGUCAUCGUUACAAUUUAUGGUAGUACUGUAGAGACAAUAACUCCAUUUGAUUGUCUGACUCGUGCAGUGAACAUUCCAAUAUUUUUAAUAACUGAUUAUCUCCACCUUCUUCUACUUGCCGCUUAUGCUGUGGAUCGGUUGAUUCAGAUUGUUUUUCCCGUUUCAUAUGGGAAAAUAUAUCCGUAUUUUCUCAACUGGAAACUCUUCAUCGUUCUUUGUUUUGCUUCUGCUGGUCUCUCAGUUCCAGGAUUAGCCUACCCGAUUGAGUCUCGAUUCAACACCUCAAUUCGAGUAAUGAGCCAGUGCAGAUUUGAUGAAGUUGUUGGAGAAGAAUUCUAUUUGAGACAUAUUCUGACAAUCCAAUGGGGUCCAAUUGUGUGUAUUGGAGCACUUUCACUCAAUAUUAUUCUCUAUUGUAUUCGCCAGUCAAAACAUAAAUGGAGUUAUAACUGGUCGGAACAAACUGGAACUACUAAACAGCUGUUUGGGACCAUUUUCAUUCGUUCUUUUCUAUCUUGUAUCUCAUUACAUGUUCCACUUCUUUUGAUUGCUCGAACAACCGAAGGACACGAAUUGAUAUCAAUCAAAGACCAUAUAAUCCGAGUUUCAUAUUGGAUUGUUGUUAUUAUCUUCCAACCUCUCUGGCAUAUUUUGAUACUUUCCUCUUUCCAAGCAAAUGUAUUCUCUCUUUUCAAUCGAUAUUCUGAGAAUACGGAAAGGAAAUGGCAGAGUGCAAAUGAUCCACCAGAAGACGGCCCAUCUCAUUUCGACAGACAUGGUUCUCCGAAUCCAUUUGGUUCCUGGUAUUCAAUGACUGGAAACGUUACUGGAGAAGCCGGAGUUCCAGUUGGGAAUGAACGAUCUGUUAGUUUCUACUAUCAGGAUUAA